AUGAUUUUACAUAACACAAUUAUUUUCAAUUUUCUUUUCCUACUACCUUUACUCUCUGAAGCCAACAACUCUAGAAAUCUCACUACUCAUCAUGGAAACAAAUCUAAACGGUUUCUUGCCAAUCAAGUGGGUGAAGCCAAAGCGGUACUAUUUUACAUGGAAAAUCCUCAACAAAACGAAGAAGCUCCAGAAUUGCAAACCGCAGCCAGUUCCAUUAGAAAUCUUUAUCCAACCCCUGGAAAACCUUUGGCGGUUGUCAGUGUUCAACAACCAAUACAGGUUUUUGAACAAGACACUCACCCAAAACAAGUAGCAGAACAACAAGUUUUGUACGAGUUUCAACAAACUCCCAACAAUGCUGUUUCAAAUGUACAAGUGAAACAACUGUUUCAACCUGAUGGGCCAACUUAUGGCGAACAACUACCUACAGCGCAAGCGUUUACUUCAAUUCAACCAGCGUUGUUUAAUAAUCAAGCUUAUGUGAGGUCCCAGCAGCAGCCUCAAGGAUCCAGUCAUCAUCCAGCUACAUCAGCUACGAUCAUUUCACCAGUCCACCAGAACCUCUACACUUCCAAUCAAAAUCCAACAUCGUUUACCUACAACAAUCCUUUUAACAAUGACUACUCUACAAAUAAACAACAACAACAACAACGUCAACAGCAGCAACAAUCUCCAGGAAAGUACAUCUAUUUGAACGGCAAAAUCGUCUACAAUCCAGCCCACCACAUAAUCCAGCAAGGCAAAAUUCUACCACCCAAUAGCAUUUACAACAAGGGAGUUUAUCAUAAUCAACAAAAAUUGCCUUUGAUUAAUAAUAAUAAUUUCGGUGGACAAUUGCAACAACAGCAACAAAGACCCAGGGAGCAUGUGGCAGCUCAAACCCAACAAGGCAACAAGAAUAAUAAUUAUUUACCACCAAUUACUAAAAAUAACAGAUUUCAACCACCAAAACAUCUUCAACAAAUCAAUAAACCAUCUACUGCACCUAUUUACCAACAACAAGAAGAAGAAAAUGAAGAUGACGAAGAACUAAAUAAUGAAGAAAGUGAAGAUGAUUAUGACAAACAAAACGAUGCCGAAGAUGAAGAUGACGAUGCUCACGAUGACGACAGCUACGGUUACGAAACAUUUCAAUUUGAAGAUGAAUACCUUGAAAACGACGACGCACAUUUCUUGAAAUCCAAAGCCAAAAGGCUUAGAGACGAAGAUGAAUCGGAAUACGACGACGAACGCCCUACAAGAAAACACCCCAAAAACCACAGCAGACGUUACAGGAAUCAGCCAAACGACAAUUACGGUUACUACGAAGGCUAUAGAACAAAUAUGAAGUACAAAAGCCCCAAAACUAAAGACAAUAAACCGAUUGGGAAAUAUAAAAAAGUCAAAUUUAGUAGAGUCAAAGGAGGGAAGCCUAAAGUUGAAACGAUUGAGGGGAGGUUUUCGGAACAAGUGCCAGUGACGCACAGGCAAAAAUUGUACAAGGAACGCUGGUAUGUGACUCAAGAUUUGGAUGGCAAAAAUAAAACGUAAAAAUGCCAAAGAUAUUUGAAUUGAAUGCCAUCUAUUAUAGUUUGUUGCAAUAUUGGACUGAAAUUUGACCACUGAGAAUCUUUUUUUUCUUCUAGGAAUAAUAAUUGUGUUUAUGUUUUUGUUAUAUUUUUGUAAAAUAAAUAUUGAAU